GACAGUAGGUAUAUUGUUUAUUUUUGAUUUUGUUUUCCUUUGUGAUUUUGAGAAUUUAGAGAAAUGUUGUAACAACCUUGCGAGGUAGAAGUUCAAGGACUAAAAUAAUUCGCAAUACUAAACGAGCUUAUCAUUUGAAAUAAUACAUACAAUAAUAAAAAGUGUAUGAUUAAUGCACGCACGAGCAGUCCUAAUCUUCAACUAAUUAUCGCAUUAUACUUCAUUUACUUCAAUCGGUGUAUGUAGUUCGCGAAGAAAGGUUGUAAAACUUUCCAAAUUUCGAAUUCGAGGAAAUGCUGGUUGUGAGCGAUAACGAAAACGAAACCAAACAAUAUGAACAACACAGGUGAAUUUUAACAUUUUCAUAGUUUUCUCGUUCCUUAUACAUUGUAAGUAUUAUUGCAAUAGAAAUAAUUCGUUGAAGAUUACGGAAAUGAGGUUAUUGAAUAAAUUGUUUCUUUUUUUUGCUAUCCCUUGCCUAAACGCAGUUUCUCGCGUUUAUUGUGCAGUUGUAAUUACAGUAUUAAGCUGGGUAAGCCCAAAUUGGUUGUCAUGGAAUAAGUAUUCCGAAAGUAUGUUAAGAUCUUUGGAAAAAAGAAUAUUGAGCAUCGUUAAAACGCCCCAUAAAGGAUUCUUCGUUGAUAUUGGCCCUGUAGUAGGUCCAGCCGAUAAAAUAUGGACGAUAUCUUUGAACGUGGAGUCCCCAAAAACCCCACUAGUACUCCUACACGGCCUGGGGGCCGGUGUAGCUUUGUGGUGCUUAAACUUGGACGCUUUCGCCAACACAAGACCUGUUUAUGCCAUUGACCUUCUAGGCUUCGGUCGAUCGAGCAGGCCAAACUUCAGCACGAACAGCCAGGAAGCCGAGCAACAACUCGUCCGAGCCGUGGAAGAAUGGAGGAAGGAGUUGAAACUGAAGGAGUUUAUACUCUUGGGGCACAGCAUGGGCGGCUUUUUGGCCGCAUCGUACGCUCUCUCUUAUCCGGACCAAGUCAAGCAUUUGAUCUUGGCCGAUCCUUGGGGUUUCCCGGAACGUCCUACCGAGUACAAGGAGGUGCCCCUUUGGAUAAAGACCAUCGCUUACGUCAUGAAGCCUUUCAAUCCUUUGGCUGGUAUCAGGGCUGCCGGACCUUUAGGACCAUGGUUUAUAAAUCGAAUUAGACCGGAUAUUUCAAGAAAGUACGCUUUGGCUUUGGACGAUUCAAAACUCAUAACUGAUUAUAUUUACCAAUGUAAUUGCCAAAAUCCCAGCGGGGAGAGCGCUUUCCACGCAAUGAUGUCCGAUUUCGGCUGGGCGAAAAAUCCAAUGGUCAAUAGAAUAGAUAAAUUGAAGCCCGAGGUUCCUAUUACGUUACUGUACGGCUCCCGAUCAUGGAUCGAUCAUUCAGCCAGCGAUAUAAUCAAAGAGAAAAGGAUGAAAUCGUUCUUUAAAUUACAGGUGGUAACGGGGGCUGGUCACCAUGUAUACGCUGAUAAACCUGAGGCGUUUAAUCAGAUCGUCCUGGAUGCUUGCCAGAGCGUCGAUUCUCUUAUUAACAGCGAUGAUUCGAAUGUGCAAUAUGUUGAGGAAUCGGACGAGCCGGAGAGUGACAGCAAACAAUAACGGUUUCGCUACUAUUAAGUAAAUUUUUUUUAUUUAUAUAUUUUUUUUUGUAUCGAGUUUAUUUCUUCGUUUUUUAUCGUAUUUACUUAAAUUGUGGUUUAGUGGUAGGCUUUUUUUUAUUAAUAGUAAAUGCUGUAUUUUCUAUUUUUUUCUCUUAAGUAUUUUUUUAGUUAAGUCGGUAGUGAAGGAAGGGCUGUGACGCAGUACAAUGUUAAAUAAAUAUUUUUCUAAUUUC